AUUAUAAUUAAUAUUAGGAUUUUGAUUUAGCUGACGGGUAUAACAGAUCAGAAGCUUGUAUUGUUUUUUAUCUUCAAAAAGCUUCUGAAGCCAAACGUUCAUACGGAACAUUGUUGAAUGUAAAAUCAAUGCAGUUUGGUAAUCAUGAUGGGACCCUAACCGAGCAUGAUGGAAAUCACUUUAAAUCAUUGCUAUUAGAUUCUUAUAAAGAAGCUGACAUAGAUCCGGCUACAGUAGAUUUCAUAGAAGCUUACGGAUCGGGAAUUAAGAGUGAAGAUGCUAUGGAAUUAAAUAUCAUGGAAGAAGUGUUUUGUACUGAAAAUAGAAGGACACCUUUAAAAGUGGGUUCCGUGAAAAGUAACGUAGGUCACUGUGAAGUGUCUAGUCUCUUUAUGUCAAUUGUUAAAGCCAUCAUUACGCUAGAAAGUGGAUACAUACCACCUAACAUAAAUUACACAGGACCAAAUAAUAAUGUAGCAGCGUUAAAGAAUGGAAAAAUUCAAGUAAUAACUGAAAAAACUCCUUUUGUUGGAGAUAUAAUCGGAAUCAGUUCAUUUGGGUUAUUAAAUGCAUUUAGCCAUGUAAUCCUUAAGAAAAAUCAGAUCGUUAAUAACAUAAUUGUGGACAAACAUAAUUCUACCAAUAUACCCCAAUUAAUAUUGGUAUCAGGGCGGAAUGAAGAAAACGUUAAAGAAGCAUUAAACCAGGUAUUUAUAAGUUAACUUAAAAGUCAAAAGAUAUAUAGUUU